GGCAUAGUUGAAAGUGAGAUCGGAGCAUGGAAGGAGAAAGAAGAAAGAGGAAAAUGGAGAAGGAGGUAGAAAGUGAAGAGGAGCAGAUGGAGAAAUUCUUUGCCCUGAUAAAGAGCACGAAGAAUGCGAGGGAUCGGCUCUCUAAAGAGAAAGAGGAAGAGAGAGCAAAGGGUGUCUGGAAACCAACGUUUGAAGCAGAAGAUUUCAUGGAUGAUGAAGAGUUGAAGAAGCUAAAUGUUUUACAUCAACGUGCAGGUCCUUCUUCAGGGAAAGAAACAAAGGAGGAAGAAGCUGCAGAGCCACAGGCCCAAAAAGGAAAUAACAAGAAACCAAGUGAUGAUGAUUUAGACCUAACGCUUUCUUUAUAAUUAACCAUAAAUACCGUGUAAUGGAAUUGUUGCCUUGCCUAGCAUUAUUUUGCAGACCAAGUUGCCUUGUUUAUUCAAUUUUCAUUGUAUUUCGCCAUCGAACAUGGUACUGAUGCUAGUACUUUUUUAAUUGCAUCUUCGUAGGUGAGUAAUGUAAGGACAUGGCACAUGAUCAAGUGAUAACGUGUAGAAUAUUUUGUGGAUGAAAUUAAACUUCAAAUCACGUGUUUAAAAGAUU